CUCGUUACGAGACCAUGUGUGUUUUAAUUUCGGUCAGCGUGGAAUAUUUCGUGAGAACAAUUAUGUGCAAUUAACAGUUAUAAUUAAAAACAUAAACGAGCGUACGUUAUGGUUAUGGUUUUUGGAAAAAUUUUCUGCCGAAUUUAACGAGUUUCCAAAAUCUAAUCUAUUUUUGUGGUGUACCAACGAACGGUGUUUUGGGAUUCAGGAUACAAACCGAAUUUUGCGCGUCACAUUUAGUAGCAUCAACGAGGGUGAAACGAGAGGGAAACGGUUUAGCCUGGAACAAAUAACUAAGUAGAACAAUGAACGCGUGAAAUUUUAGAAGCUGUAACUUUUUAUAUUAGAACUCCCGUAAUGGAUAUUACCAAAGACAAUGUCAAUCCCAACCCGCGAGAAUCGUCCACCCCGCUGGGAAAAAUGUUUUUCACCUACACUACUGAUAUGUUCAAAAAAGGCUACACUAAAAAGUUAGAAGUGGAAGACUUAUAUAAUCCCAUAAAAAGUGAUAAGAGUUCCGUGUUGGGAGAUCGAUUAGAAAGAGAAUGGAAUAAACAAUACGAGAAAGCGAAACUUCAAAAUGGAAAGCCCAGCCUGAUGAUCGCUCUCAUUAAAGCGUUCUGGCCCGAAUACACUAUAUUGGGUAUUACGCUGGCCUUACUACAGUUCGUCAUACUGGUACAACCUUUAGCUUUAGGGGUUCUACUAAAAUACUUCAGAGUCGUACCGGAAAUCACCAAAGACGAAGCGCUUAUCUACGCUGGUGUUAUAUCCUUCUGCACGUUGUGCAUAGCUAUAUUGGAGAAUCAGUACAUCAUGGGUGCGUUCCAUUACGGCAUGAAAGUUCGCGCAGCUGCGUGCGCCCUCAUCUACAGAAAGUCGCUGCGACUGAGCAAGACCGCCCUAGGCGAGACAGCUUCCGGGAAGAUAGUCAAUCUCCUCUCAAACGACGUGAGCAGGUUUGAUUUGGUGUCGGUUUUUAUUCACCAUAUGUGGCAAGCUCCGAUAGUCACCUUAUGCGUGCUUUACUUCAUGUGGCUCGAGGCUGGUUAUGCUGGAGUAGUUGGUAUAACCUGCGUCUUCAUCGUUGUGCCUCUGCAAGGUUACACUGGGAAAUUGUCAGCCGUCUAUAGAAAAGCCACAGCCCUGAAAACUGACGAGCGAGUCAGGCUGAUGGACGAAAUUUUGUCUGGCAUUCAAGUAAUCAAGAUGUACGCUUGGGAGAAGCCUUUCGCGAAACUGAUCAGGUUCGCUCGGAAGGCGGAACUGGAUAUCAUCAUUAAAUCUUCGUACGUAAGGGGACUGUAUAUGACCUUCAAUUUGUUCACCACGAGGAUGGCGCUUUUCGGCACCUUGGUAACGCUAGUCUUGAUGGACCGCCCGGUAACGGCUUCCACCGUGUUCGUUAUAACAUCUCUGUUGGCCAGCGUAGCGCAAACCAUGUCUCAAAUGUUCGUGAGGGGUAUUUCCGAAAUAGCAGAAUUAUUCGUAGCCGUCAGAAGACUGGAAAGCAUAAUGAUCAGCGAAGAGUACUCUGCUCUCGCUCUUACCAACGGCACCGCAAGUCUCCGUGGCAAUGUUACGGAAAAAUAUGCAUUGAGCAUGCGCGACUUGGUCGUGAAGUGGAACGCGCACUCCAACGAGUACGCCCUCGAAAGUAUCAACUUGAAUGUGAAGACGCGGGAGCUUUUGGGAGUGAUCGGACCUGUCGGUAGCGGGAAGAGUUCGUUUCUGCAAACGAUCUUGGGCGAACUGGACGUGGUCUCCGGAAAAAUUAACGUCAACGGUUCCCUGUCGUACGCGUCACAGGAAGCUUGGGUCUUCGCGGCCACCGUGAGGCAAAAUAUUCUGUUCGGAUCGGAAUUCGACAAGAAACGUUACAACAACGUUGUGAAAGCUUGUGCCCUCGAAAAGGACUUCGAACAGUUUUCCAACGGCGAUCUAACUAUCGUCGGAGAUAGAGGCGCUUCUUUAAGUGGCGGUCAAAAAGCUAGAAUAAAUUUGGCUAGAGCGAUUUAUAGGGAAGCCGACAUCUACUUAUUAGAUGAUCCGCUUUCGGCAGUAGAUACUCACGUGUCGAAGCAUCUCUACGACCUCUGUAUAAACGGGUACUUGCAGAACAAGACGAGAAUAUUGGUGACGCAUCAAGUUCACCAUCUUAAGGACGCUGAUAACAUCAUCAUUUUGACUAAUGGUAAAAUCGAUAACCAAGGCUCAUUCAAGGAACUCUCCGAAAGCGAUAACAUCUACGCUCAACUUCUAACGGCCGAGCCGGAGCCAGUAGAAUUGGAGAGGCCCAAAGUAACCGAAAAGGAAGUAGCAAAACGCGAUCGCAAGAUGUCGCUGAAGAGCGUCCGCUCCGUCGCAAGUAUGAUGAGCGAGACGAGUUUACCGGAAGCCUUCUUACCCGAAGGCGGAGACUCUGAAAGUGAAGACGAGGAAGACAAACGAGAGAUACGCUUCAAAGAUCUACAAGAAGAGUCUUCGAAAGGCAAAGUGCAAGGUUCGCUACUGUUCCAUUAUUUAUUCGCCAGCGGGAAAUGGAUGUUCGCCAGCUGCGUGAUGUUGUUCUUCCUAUUGGCUCAAGGUGCCGCGAUGGGCGUCGAUUACUUUGUGAGUUACUGGGUAAAAAUUGAGGAAGUUAAAGCAGCGGGGUUGAAUGAUACCGAUCCAGCAGUCGACAGCUGGCAACCAUAUUACUGGGAAGCCGAUUUGUGGUUAGAAAUCUACGGAGCACUCAUCGCUUCGGUGUUCAUAAUAGCCUUGCUGAGGUCUAUGUCUUUCUACAAACUAGCGAUGACUAGUUCUCAGAAGUUGCACGAUGUCAUGUUCGACAACGUCAUCAACGCCAGAAUGAGGUUUUUCGAUACCAACCCCAGCGGAAGGAUACUAAACAGGUUUUCGAAAGAUAUAGGCUCCAUAGACGAGCUGUUGCCGAAAGCUAUUCUAGAUGCAGGACAGAUGAUUUUGAUGACUGCGGGAUCGAUAGUUCUGGUGGCAGUUGUCAAUCCCAUGUUUUUGAUAGUAGUUGGAAUAGUGGCUUUAUUUUCGACAGUGCUGAGACACGUGUUCCUCAAAACUUCCAAAAAUAUCAAGCGACUGGAAGGAGUGAUGCGAAGUCCAGUAUUCAGCCACCUCAACGCGACAUUGCAAGGGUUGACCACAAUCCGAGCCUUCAACGCCGAAAACAUUUUGCGCUAUGAAUUCGACAAGCACCAAGAUUGUCACACAAGCGCGUGGUUUAUGUACAUCGCCGCCAGUUCAGCUUUCGGACUAUAUAUGGACAUGCUCUGUUUCGUUUUCAUUACGGCGGUGACUUUCAGUUUUCUAACCUUCGGAAAAGAUGCUGGUUUAAGUGGUGGCGAGGUUGGCCUGGCGAUAACACAAUCUACAGCGUUGACUGGCUUAUUUCAAUGGGGUUUGCGACAAGCGGCCGAGGUAUCCAAUCAGCUGAUGUCAGUCGAGAGAGUUCUGGAAUAUAAAGUACUCCCUAAAGAAAAGGAACCCGCCAAGCCGUUGACUCCGCCCAAAUCGUGGCCGGAAACGGGGGAGAUUGUUUUCGCAGACAUGGGACUGAGAUACUACGAAAACGGCAAGUUGGUUUUGAAGAACAUGAACUUGGUAAUACACCCAAAAGAAAAGGUGGGGAUCGUGGGGCGAACAGGAGCCGGAAAAUCGUCCCUAAUCACAGCUCUGUUUCGUCUGGCCAACGUGGAAGGAAGCAUCAGGAUAGAUCACUUGGACACCAAGGAGCUUACCUUAAACACCUUACGUUCUAAGAUUUCGAUAAUUCCCCAAGACCCGGUACUAUUUUCUGGAACUUUGAGGUACAAUCUGGAUCCGUUUGAGGAAUACAAUGACGAAGUACUAUAUAAAGCGAUCGAGGACGUCGAGCUGAAAGAUCCGAGCAAUAUAAUCAACCGGUUAGAAAAUAGGGUGAUGGAUAGAGGAUCGAAUUAUAGCGUCGGACAGAGACAGCUGAUAUGCCUAGCGAGAGCUAUUAUUAGGAACAACAAAAUUUUAAUGCUAGACGAAGCCACAGCCAAUGUCGAUCCGCAAACUGACGCAUUAAUCCAAAAAACUAUACGAAAAAAAUUUGCCGACUGCACCGUCUUGACAGUGGCGCACAGGCUCAAUACGAUCAUGGACUCGGACAAAGUCCUAGUUAUGGACGGGGGUACCAUGGUAGAGUUCGAGCAUCCUCACACGCUCCUUCAGAACCCUAACGGUGUCUUCAGCGGGAUGGUUAACGAAACCGGACGGAAUUUGGCAACUCAGCUCAAAAAAGUUGCGCAAGAUAGCUACGCACGCCGACAUCACUCUCUUCCGGAAUGACAGAUACAAGUUCCAUACAAACAUAUAUACAAAUUAGUGAAUUUGUUUUUAUAUGUAAGAAUAAACGCGAAUGA